AGACGAGUGGUCCUGUAAGAAAACGAUACAUUUGGGCUUCUUUUCUUUCCCACUUGAUCUCCAUGGAUUUCCGAAGUGCGGUAAGUAACAAAAGUUUCAUGGUUGUCGCAUAUCUAAUCCUAGGAGUUUUCAUAUCCUGCAGCCACACCAUAACAGGUGCAGGAGCCAUAGGCGUAUGCAAUGGAGGAAUUGCCGAUAAUUUGCCCAGUGAACAAGAAGUUGUAGACCUCUAUACAUCAAAUGGAAUCGGGAAAAUGAGAAUCUAUGAUCCAAAUCAAGCAACUCUCCAGGCCCUUAGAGGAACAAACAUAGAACUAAUCCUUGGUGUUCCAAAUGCUGACCUUCAAUCCGUUGCCACGGCCUCAGCUGCAAAUGAUUGGGUCCAAAAAAAUGUAGUUGCCUUCUCACCAGACGUUAAAUUCCGCUAUGUUGCAGUUGGAAAUGAAGUAAAGCCAACUGAUGAAGCAGCUCAAUUUGUUCUCCCUGCAAUGAUGAACAUUUACAAUGUUUUGGUGUCAGCAAAAUUAGAUGGUCAGAUGAAGGUUUCUACAUCAGUGGAUACAACUUUGUUAGGAAUUUCCUAUCCUCCCUCAGCAGGCUCUUUUAGUGCUGGUGCAAGUUCUUACAUAACACCAAUCAUCAACUUCCUGGCAAGCACUGGGGCACCACUUCUUGCCAAUAUCUACACUUACUUUGCUUACAUUAGUGACCCAAACACCAUCGAUCUUAGCUAUGCCUUGUUUACAGCUCAGGGAACUGUGGUACAAGAUGGCGCAAUCGGGUAUCAAAAUCUUUUUGAUGCAACGUUGGAUGCCUUUUAUUCUGCUGUAGAGACGGUAGGGGGUGCCAAUGUGGAGAUUGUCGUGUCAGAGAGUGGUUGGCCAUCUGCUGGAGAGACCGCGGCAACAGUUGACAAUGCAAGCACUUAUUAUAAGAACUUGGUCGAUCAUGUUAACAAGGGAACUCCCAAGAGGCCUGGAAAACCUAUAGAAACUUAUCUGUUUGCAAUGUUUGAUGAAAAUCAGAAGGGUCCUGCUGAAACUGAGCGCCAUUUCGGCCUCUUCUCCCCUAAUAAGCAGCCAAAAUAUAAAAUCGGUUUCAGUUAAAUACCAAAGGGCAAGAUAAAGAGAAGGAAGCACCUCAGUAUUUAGUUCAUUGAUUGGCUGCUUAAAUAAUAAAGUUCGAAUCUCCUUUUUAAAUUAAAAAAAAAUAAAGAGAAGGAUGCAGGGAUGAGCAACACUGUGAUUUGUUCCUCCCCAAUAAACAGCCAAAAGUAUCAGAUAGUUUUGGCUGAUAGAGCUAAUGAGAUAACCGUAGCUUGUGCUCCCUUGUGUUAAAGCUCUUAAUUCCACUAUUUUAGUAUUAUUGUCUUAUUUUCUAAU